AUGCUCCUCCUCUCGCCCGUAUACGUUGUCGUCGCGGCCUUCGUCCUGGCAGCUAUUCACAUGGCCCGGUGCCUCGCCUCUCCGCUCCGAAAGCUGCCGGGUCCGACCGUGUCUCUCUUCACAUCACUGGCGUUGAGGUGGAACGAGAUCAAUGCCAAAAGGACACUUUACAUUCAUGCGCUGCAUGAGAAAUAUGGCCCUGUUGUGCGGGUUUCCCCCAACCAAGUGUCCUACACCUCAUGGCCCGCCCUCAAGGAGAUAUACUGCUCCGGCGGGAGUGGUUACGACAAGUCCGACUUUUACGACCUCUUCAAGAUUUAUGGGACAAGGACCAUGUUUACCACACUGAACAAGGCAGAUACCUCACGGCAGCAUGCAAAGCGGAAGAGGAUCCUCGCAGAUCGGUAUGCCAAUUCAAACAUUAUGCGUAGCAUUUCCUUGGACGGCAUCCAGGAGCGAUCCAGAGCGUUUUUGCACCGCUGCACUCAGGCGGGUGAUGUUGCUACUGAUAUUUUUCAAAGCUCCGCCCACUCAAAAGCUUCCUUUCCCGCCCUGGUGGCUGACUACCACGAAGCCCUCCAUGCAUAUGCCUGUGAUUGUAUCACUCACCACUUGUUCCACCCCAACGGCACCGACUGCAUCGGAAAAGAGACGGAUGAGGAUAUGAUGCAUCAAGUAGCAGCAGAUGACAGCCUCCAGAACCGUCUCAUCUCUCACUACAGUCCGACGCUCCACCGCCUGUUUGCUGGCAUCCUAUCCUUCUUGGUCAAGCCGCGAUCUGUGCCCCUUGCCGACAACUAUGUCCUGCAAACCAGCAGGCGAACCGACGCGGCAAGCUUCACGCUCCUGAGCCGGCUGGAAGAAAAGUCGAGCCAUCUAGACCAUAUCGACAUGGCAGCCGAGUGCUUAGACCACAUGGUUGCCGGCAUCGACACCACCGGCGACACGCUGUGCUUCCUCAUGUGGGAGCUCUCCCAGCCGCGGUCGCUUCACCUGCAGCGCCGGCUAUCAGAUGAGCUACGGAAGAAACCCGACGUUGGCAUCGACCAACUCCCCUUCUUGGACGCCGUGCUGUGCGAGGGGCUGAGAUGCUACCCUGCCAUCCCAAUGUCGUUGCCUCGCCUGGUGCCACAUGGCGGAAGAACCAUUGACGGCUUCCACGUCCCCGAGAACACAAUCGUCAGCUGUCAGGCGCACUCUGUGCACCGCAUGAACACUGACGUGUUUCCGGAUCCUGACGUCUUUCGCCCCGACAGAUGGAUGGCUGCCCAAGGUGACGCAGACCGACGACGGUUGCUGUUUGCCUUUUCCAACGGCGGCCGGGGUUGCAUUGGCAAACACCUUGCCAUUGCGGAGAUGAAGACGCUACUGAGGGAUGUCUACUCGCGAUAUAGCACGACGCCGGACGCUUCCAUGACGGCAGAGUCCAUGGUCAUGUCGGACCAACUGAUUUCCACUAGGCCGCUGGGCAAGAAAUGCCUGCUUAAGUUUCAUCCGCUGCCCGAAGUCAAAGACGUGGGUGAGCCGGGAGGAUUUGACGGCUGCGCGUCCCGGACCGAGAUCCCAAGGUGA